GACGCAAACUGUCGUUGGUUACGUAAAAAUUCUCCCAUCAUGCUUUGGGGCUUCACAAAAAGCCAGAUGAGAAGGCCGCGAAGGAGGAGGAGGCUACCAGCCGAGGGGGGUAGCCGAGUCCCGGAGAGAGGAUUUUUCAGUUCCCGUAGCCUGAAUUAUCAAGUACGUAACGACAGCGAACAAAAACGAAGAGAGAGGCGUCAUAAAACAUGAUGCUUGUCCCUGCUCGGGGUCUAACGGUGGUCCUGUGAGUGUCGGCCGGUUUCCCCACCGCCGCCUCUUCGGGGGAUUCUGCUGUCUGAGUCCGACCUGAUCCUCCACACCGCCAGGCGAUGACAGCGGUUACAGCCACUCCGCAGAUGAUGAGAGACCGGCUGCUUCAGGCCAUCGACGGCCAGAGCAAUCAGAUAUGCAACAUGGUGGUAGUUGUGGAGGUGAUCUCUUUUUUGGAGAAAUAUCCUAUCACCAAAGAGGCACUGGAGGAAACCCGUCUUGGCAAGCUCAUCAAUGAUGUCAGGAAGAAAACCAAGAAUGAGGACCUUGCAAAAAGAGCCAAGAAACUCCUACGAAACUGGCAGAAGCUUAUUGAGCCGGGGAAGGGUGAGGUGCUGUCCAAAGGACACUCUGGUGCAUCGUGGUCUUCCAACGGUGGUGCUCACCCCUGCAUCCCUUCUCCGGCUGCCAUACCACCAUCAGGUAAAACAGGUCCAGAGCUGAAGAACAGGAAUGACUUCAAUAACUGCUCCCCGGUGCUGGAGAAACUGGGUAACAGGAAACGUAAGGGCGACCAGAAGGAGGGACAGCUUUUGCCAGCCAAGAUAUCCAAAACGACUCUUAAUGAUAAAAUACAGAACUCUAAACACCUGCCGACCAACGGAAUAUGUGCUAAUUCUGAGAUUUCUACGGACGCUUGUGCACUCCAGCCUUUAGACGGAGAGGUACCUGAGCCUUUGGACAACGAAAGGCUAAAUAAAAUCCCCAUCAACGCUGUAAAACCUCAUCCAAGUGCCCCGGGAUACAGCAAGCCUCAUAGCACUUCUACUUUACUAAAAGCGUCAGUCCUGCAGCAGCAAGCCAGGCAGGAACAAGCCGCCUCCCGGGGGCAGUAUCGGCCCAGAAGCCCACGCUUUUCAUUGCACAGUCCUCAGACUCCAAAACGGGAAGCCAUUGUAAAACAAGCGGCAACCCACACACACAGAAUUUCUAGCCCCAGUGUGAAGCCUGGGACAGUGGAGUCCUCUGCAGCGGGGCCGUCCCCUCAGCCUUUCAAUGUUUGUGUUCAGGGUUUUCACACUGACGGGUCAGCGUCUGCAGAUUUGGACUCGCAAAGCAGGCCUCCCAAUGCAUCUCUUAACAACUCUGCUGCCUCCUCCUCCAAUGAUGCAGCCAGUCUGGAAGAGGAGGAUCCUGUUGGCAAUACAGGGAAAAGGAAAAGACAAAAAUACAGGUCUAAGGAUUAUGUAGUGAAUUUAGUUGGGCAGACUGUAGAAGACGGCACUAAACCGGUCAGGUUAAAAGACAGGAGACUGACGUUUGACCCGGUAACCGGACAGAUCAAAACAUCCUUUCAAAAAGACUCUUGCCAGGAGGCAGAGGUCAGACCGGGCCACAGACCUGAAAUUCACCGGCCAGAGCAGCCCACACCGACACCGACUCCACCAGUUCCUGCCAGUCCCUUCCAGCAGACAGACUGGAAACAGCUGUCGAGGAGCGAAAACAUCCAGUCAUACCUUAGCCAGCAGAGCAACAUGUUGGCAUCUUCAGGUGCCCACAUCCCAGGCGCUCACUUCUUCAUGACAGAGUUCCUGAAAAAAGAGGAACACGGGGUUAAAGAUGCCACGAAAAUGAAAACGCACGUGUUGGUUCCAGAGCUUCCACCCAGGGAAUUACCGGGACUUAGCAGAGAGGUCAACAAUGAUGACCUGAGCAGGUUACACACACAACACUGGUCGGGGGUCAAUGGUUGCUACGACACAAAGGGUAAAUGGUAUGACUGGACAGAGUGCAUCUCCUUAGACCCGCAUGGAGACGAGAGCAGGUUGAACAUACUGCCCUACGUCUGUCUGGAUUGAAACCAAAGCCGGGGUUUCUGAAUCGUGCAGCAGAGCAACUCUGGCUGCGUGGAGGCAUUUCUUCGACGUGUAUGCUGCUGUUUUGUACUGUUGGUGUAAUUGGAAUAAAUAUGUUGAUCGUUUGGGGUGUGUGUGUGUGCGUGUGUGUGUUGGACCACAGGGAGUGUAAUCUGUGUUUUUAUAAGGUUGUGAACAUUGUGUGAGGACUGUGUGAAGGGAAAAGGCUAUGCAUUUCUGACCACUUAGUUUUUACUAUUUAAUAGUUGCGAAGACUGAUCCAUGAUUCGACAUGUUUUCCUUUUGAGAGACGAUUUACUGUAGAUAUAUUUUAUUCAUCUUAAGUUAUGCUGUUCACAUACCUCAUGGGAUGUGAUGUAUCUGAAAUACCGGUUCCACUCACACUUAGUCCAUAGUGCAGUAUUUUUGUUUUCUUCAUUUUAAAUUUCAUGUUUAAAAAGCUGUGACCGGUAGUGAGGUACGUAAUUGGAGCUGACACGGAGCAGGUACAUUAAGUGAUGCAGCUUUUCUUUAGCAUCUGUGCAUGAUGCAGCUUCAACAAGACAUUUUAACUGUUAAAAGCUGAAAUAAAUCCUCAGUAGCAGCGGUUUUUGGCAACUAUCCACUAUUAAUCCUAUGGCAAAUACAUUUAUCGUUAACUCAUUGAUAUUUUCCGUUCCCACGUUGCAUACCUCAUUUAUAGUGGCUUUUAGAAAGAAGGAACCACUGACUAAUCAGUCUGAAAACAUUUGAAUAUUGCUCCUGGUUUCUGUUGCUGGAGACACGAAACUGUAAGAUGUGACUGCAGUUUGCGAUAGGAAGACAAAAAAAAAAAAAAAUGGCCACAGAACCGCGCAAGCUGAAAGAGAAAUGAGACUGUCCUGUGUGUAUUUAUUUACAUAUUAACUUUUAAGAUUUACAUACAUGUUUGGAUUUGAUUAAAUCAUCUUUUGUUAGAUUCAUUUUGUUCAAAUUUGGUACGGUGAUGUAGACGUUUAUACCUGCUGGUAAACCAACCUACUCUACAUCGCAGAAGGAAAUACAUUUUUGAUGAACUGUAAACAUUUUUGUUUUGAACUUGCCUUUUCCCUUUACUGUGUAUUUAGGUUGUAAAAUAUGAAUGGGAACAGCAGAGCAGAUUGUGCUACCAGCUCCUGUCUUUGUACUGUCAGGAAGAACUGAAAAAAAUAAAAAUGAAUAAAUAAAUUGACAUGCUGGAUGAAGUACUUACUAGCAUUCCUUUAGAUAUUGUUUGCCUUAUGGAAACCUGUGUUUUCCCUAAAGACAGAGCCUUAGUGAAUGUACAGAUAAUUAGCCUUUUGCAUUCGGUCGAAUGCGGAAGAGAACAUAUUUGCUACGUUGUCCUUUUAAGUGGACAUGUUAAUAUAUGUUAAUAAAAAACUGAAGAAAUUGUGA